AUGAAGGACGCAGACGAAUAUGAGGAGUGCGCAGUAGCAACACCAAGCCAGGUUAAUAUUUUGAUCACUUUUAAGACAUUGCCGAGCUCCGUGGAGACUCCAGACGUGGCUCUCAGAAGUUCCCGUGGUGGGCGUGGCAGGGGUGGUGGGAGGAAUGGCCGCUCUGCCCUGCGACGCCGCCCAUCCGCCCAACGACGCAAUUGUCAUCCUGCUGUGGUUCCGGGAUCCUCUCACCACGCCCAUCUUCAGAAUGGACAGACGGACGCAGGGAAGGAGAGAUAUGAACAAGAAGAAGAAGAAAAGAAGGGAAACAAGAAAGAAGAAGAAACGGAGGAUGAAGAGGAAGUUCUUAUAAAGACUGGCGAAGGCGAAGACGAGAACCUGGUGACGGUGGACAGGCCGCGAUUGUGGUGGGAUGACGGCAGGGUCGGCGACAGAGCGAGGCUGGAGGUGGCAGGGCCCAGGGUGGUGCUGCGCGUGAGUCGGCUCAAGGACGAGGAUAAGGGACUGUACACGUGCCGGGUUGACUUCCGACACCAGCCCACUAAAACGACGAGAGUGAAUCUGACGGUGGUUGAGCCUCCAGAGAGAGUAGAAAUACAAGUGGAGGGGAAGGAGAGCCGUCUGGUAUCCCCCGGCCGCGCCUCCGUCACGCAGGUGGGGCCUUACCUGGAGGGGCAGACUGUGCACCUCACCUGUAUCGCCCGGGGGGGGUCGCCGCGCCCUCAGGUGUCGUGGCACUCGGGCACACGCCUCCUGGACGCCAGCAUGGAAAGUGACGCUGAGGAGGUGGACGUAGAGAACACCACCACCUCCCCCGAGGCAGCCAACCUGUCCCUCACCGCCGCCAGGAGGACGCAGGAGCCGCCACCGGAGCUGGAGGAGCCGCAUAACGUCCUAACGCUUGGUCCUCUGCGGCGUCACCACCUCCACCUGGUGCUGACCUGCGAGGCGUCCAACAACAACAUCACCUCACCCGUCUCGCUCGCAGUGGCCAUUGACAUGAGUCUGCCGCCCCUCAGCGUACACCUCAGCCAAGUUCCCGAGGCGCCCCUGGUGGCCGGCCGCCAAUACACCGCCGAGUGUGAGGUGGUGGGGGCCCGCCCUCCCCCCGCCGUCACUUGGAGGAUAGGUCAGCGGCCCCCCCUCCCUCAGGCCGAGGUCACGACGCUGGAGGGAGGGAACAUCACAAGAAGUCGCCUGCUGUUCAUUCCAGGACGUAAAGACGACGGGAGUAUUAUCAACUGCACUGCCUUCACCGCCUCCCCCAACACGACACUCUCCGCCUCCCACUACCUUGCCGUCCACUACCUCCCCUCUGCCUGGAGUAGCUUCGGUUCCUCCCUCGACUGGUCCAACAUCAAGGAAGGCGAUGACGUGUAUUUCGAGUGUACCAUUGACGCCAACCCGCCAGUGACCAGAGUGACGUGGAAGCAUAACGACGCCCCUCUGGCACACAACGUCUCUGCGGGGAUCAUCGUCAGCAACCAGAGUCUCGUCCUGCAGAAGGUGGUGAGGGCGCAGGCGGGGCGGUACUCUUGUCUUGCACACAAUGCCGUCGGUACCUCAGCUUCCAACACACUGCGCCUUGACGUGAAGUUCGCCCCAGUGUGCUCCCCCGGCCAGGUCACCACGUACGCUGUCGGGAAGUACGAGGACGCCGAGGUGACUUGUUCUGUAGACGCCAACCCAACGCAGGAAUCUUACCAGUGGACCUUCAACAAUACAGCAGACACAAUUGACGUGCCUCAGGGUCGCUUCACGUCUCUCAGCAGUCACAGUGCCAUCACCUACACGCCUAUGACCUCCUUGGACUAUGGCACCCUCCUAUGCUGGGCAGCUAACCCCAUUGGCACCCAGAAAGUCCCGUGCGUCUUCCACAUAGUGCCAGCUGGCAAGCCGGAGCCCCCCACAAACUGCACGGUGGUGGGGGGCGGGGCGAGUGAAGUGAGAGUGAGGUGCGAGGCGGGGGGCAGCGGGGGCCUUCCUCAGCACUUCCUCCUGACAGCCACCCCCACUCACCUCUCCCACCCCCUCCUACCCACCGCUCCCCCUCAACGUGACUGCCAUGGAGGAGCCAGAGUUUCAGGUGGAGGGGCUGGUGGUGGGGGGCAGGUACCAGCUGAGAGUGCGAGCGGUGAACGAUAAGGGCGUGAGUGAGGCAGCUGUUCUCACCGUCAGCAGUCGCAGCACGAACGGCACUGUCUACCAGCUGUAUGACGGUCCCUCGGAGGCAGAAGUGCGGGACGGGGGCAAGAGUCCACACGGGGCGGAGAGUGAGGGCGGCGAGACACCAGACGACCCUCUAUUUGGCGCCCUGGAAGUCCCCUCAGUCCUCGCCGCCGCCCUAGGAGCAGG